AUGGGAUUCAUAUCUUUAUUUGAUGUUUCAAAAGCACUCUUUGCUAAGCUAUGGUGGAGGUUCAGGACUAGUUGCACUUUAUGGUCCACAUUUAUGUGGAACAAAUAUUGCAAAUGGCAAAUUCCAACUCUGGUAGGGUGGAAUGGAGGAUCUCAGCUCUGGAAGAAAAUGUUAGAAGCCAGGAAUGAUUUUGAACAUGCCAUUUGGUGGGAGCCUAGAAAUGGCUCAUCUAGCUUCUGGUUUGAUAACUGGACUGGGAUAGGUCCUUUGGUUAAGCUGAUUCCUGCUGGUUUUCAACUCAAUGAAGAUAUUGAAGAAGUGAAUGAAGUUAUGACACAUGGAACAUGGAACUUUGAACUGCUGCAUCACACACUGCCUGCAUAUGUUGUUGAACAUAUCAUUGCAGAGUUAAUUAUCAAUGAAAAGGAGAUGACAAGUGACAAGGCUUGGUGGUUAUUGACAAGCACAGACAAAUUCAUAGUGAGUAAUGCUUUAGAGGCUAUUAGACAGAAGAAACAGGAUAGCUGGUGUUUUAAAAUAAUGUGGACCAAGGGCUUACCAUACAAGAUUUCUUUCUUCCUAUGGAGGGUCUGGCACCACAAACUCCCAAUUGAUGAUGUUUUGGCAAGAAUUGGUAGAAAUAUGGUGUCAAUAUGCAGAUGUUAUACCUUUCCUCAACAGGAUACAAUGACUCACCUGUUCCUAACAGGUGAGUUUGCAUCAGAUAUCUGGCAGAUUUUUUCCUCAACAGCUAGAGUACAAGGACCAUUUGUGCAGAUUAAUCAAAUCGUUUCUAAAUGGUGGACAACAAAAUGUGGAGCUCAGUUGAAACCUAUCUAUCAGGCUGCUCCUGCAAUCAUAAUGUGGCAGAUAUGA